AGUUUUCCCCAACUCCCAGGCAAGACAAGUGCAGAUGUGGAGAGGCUUGAAUUUGUGAGCCCGCAGGAGGGGAGUUAGGUGGUGCUUGCCCUUUGCAGAAGUCAGGCAACCAGUUUUGGUCACUGCGGAAGGGUUUCGGGGAGUGUGGGCUCUGAGGAGGCCUGUGGGGCAGGCCUGGGCACAGGCAGAGUUAGUUAGACUUUGGCGAUGAGCCUGGGCAGCCUGAGAUGUGGGGAGUAGGGAGGAGAUACUGGCAGUGCAAGUUAGGGACGUGAGGCUUGGCUCCAAAUAAGCUCUAGUCUGAUCGUUAAUAAAACUGGGCCAGUUCCUUGCCUUUCGAGGAGCCAAGGGGCUUUGAAAGCGGCAUGUGAGUUCCAUGUUACCCCUCCUGACUGGAUCUCCUUGGCAGUGGAAUGGGGGCUCAUUCACCAUGUAUGGAACACCUGCUCUACGUUGGGUCUGCCGGUUGCUGGGGCCUUCUAAUUAAAAGCCCUUCAAAGGGCUCUUGUCUAGAGUGGGAGGAUGGAACUGAAGUAAAUGGUCUUAGGGCCCACCUCAGGCCAGGUACACACCACUACAUUUACUGGUCAGAGCAGUCCUUCCUGCCCUCCCACCAAUGGGAAAUCUGAGGCUCAGAGCCCAAGGAAGAGCAGGAAAGAUAGGUGACUCCUGCUCAGGUCAUGCCCUUAUCUGCUGAUCCAGCCGGCCCUGCCAGGUGACCAUGUCUGUCCUCGGCCCAGUUCUUCUCCAGGUGUUCUGGGCUGGCUGUGUCCUCACCCUGCAGUUCCCUGUACCAGCUGCUUUCACUGCCAAUGGCACACAUCUACAACACUUGGCGAGAGACCCCACCACAGGUACCCUCUAUGUAGGGGCCACCAACUUCCUGUUCCAGUUGAGCCCUGGGUUGCAGCUAGAAGCUGUGGUGUCCACGGGCCCUGUGAAUGACAGCCGGGAUUGCCUGCCACCUGUGAUACCUGAUGAAUGUCCCCAAGCCCAGCCUACUAACAACCCUAACCAGCUGCUCCUGGUGAGCCCAGAGGCUCUGGUGGUGUGUGGGAGCGUACACCAGGGCAUCUGUGAGCUACGGAGCCUGGGACAGAUCAGGCAAUUGCUGCUACGGCCAGAGCGACCUGGGGACACCCAGUAUGUGGCUGCAAAUGACCCUGCGGUCAGCACAGUGGGGCUGGUGGCCCAGGGAUUAGCAGGGGAACCCCUCCUGUUUGUGGGACGGGGAUAUACCAGCAGGGGCGUAGGUGGUGGAAUUCCUCCCAUUACAACCCGAGCCUUGCGACCACCGGACCCCCAAGCUGCUUUCUCUUACGAAGAAACAGCCAAGCUGGCAGUGGGCCGCCUCUCUGAGUACAGCCACCACUUCGUGAGUGCCUUCGUACGUGGGACCAGCGCAUACUUCCUGUUCUUGAGGCGAGACCUGAAGGCCCCUUCUCGAGCUUUCCGUGCCUACGUGUCCCGAGUGUGCCUUCAGGACCAGCAUUACUACUCUUAUGUGGAAUUGCCCUUGGCCUGCCAGGGUGGCCGCUAUGGUCUUAUCCAGGCUGCAGCUGUAGCCACAUCCAAGGAGGCGGCCCGUGGGGAAAUACUCUUCGCAGCUUUCUCCUCAGUAGCUCCUCCUACUGUGGAUUGGCCCCUGUCAGCAUCUACUGGGGCAUCUGGAACCUCUGUGCUCUGUGCCUUCCCCCUGGAUGAGGUAGACCAGCUUGCUAAUGAUACUCGAGAUGCCUGUUACACCCGGGAAGGCCGUGCUGAGAAUGGGACCAAGGUGGCUGACAUUGCCUAUGAUGUCCUUUCCGACUGUGCACAGCUACCAGUGGACACCCCGGAUGCUUUUCCAUGUGGCUCGGACCACACACCCAGUCCCAUGGUCAGCUGCGUCCCUUUGGAAGCCACACCAAUUCUGGAGCUGCCAGGGGUUCAGCUAACUGCUGUGGCAGUCACCAUGGAGGAUGGACAUACUAUUGCUUUCCUGGGUGACAGUCAAGGACAGUUGCAUAGGGUCUACUUAGGCCCUGGGAGAAGUGCUGCCCCAUAUUCCAAACAGAGCAUCCAGCCGGGGUCUGCCGUGAACAGAGAUCUUACCUUUGAUGGUACCUUUGAGCAUCUGUAUGUAGCAACUCAGACUACACUUGUGAAAGUUCCUGUGGCCCCUUGUGCUCAGCACCUGGAUUGCGACUCUUGCCUUGCUCACAGGGACCCUUAUUGCGGAUGGUGUGUGCUCCUGGGCAGGUGUAGUCGCCGGUCGGAGUGCUCAAGGGCCCAGGGCCCAGAGCAGUGGCUGUGGAGCUUCCAGUCGGAACUAGGCUGUCUUCGAGUGGUGGCCGUGAGCCCUGCCAACAUUAGUCGGGGAGAGAGGAGGGAGGUUUUCCUGUCGGUGCCAGGCCUGCCAUCUCUCUGGCCAGAGGAGUCAUAUUUCUGCUACUUUGGGGACCAACAGAGUCCUGCUCUACUGACCAGUUCUGGUGUGAUGUGUCCCUCCCCAGACCCUAGUGAGGCUCCAGUGCUGCAGAGAGGAGCCGACCAUAUCUCCGUGAAUGUGGAGCUCAGGUUUGGUGCUGUGGUGAUCGCCAACACCUCCCUCUCGUUCUAUGACUGCAUGGCGGUUACCGAGUUUUUCCCGUCUGCACCGUGCCGGGCCUGUGUGAGCAGCCGCUGGGGCUGUAACUGGUGUGUGUGGCAGCAGCUGUGUACGCACAAGGCCUCGUGUGACUCUGGGCCUAUGGUGGCAAGCCAACAGAGCCCACUUCUCCCCCUAAUCCCUCCUGCAAGGGACGUACUCACCCCUUUCCCACUCACAGUCCCCAGAGCCACAGCCACUCCAACUCCCAACACCUUCCCAGCAGAGCCUAGGGCUCCCUCCAUAGCCUCAGAUGUCCUACCCGGGGCCAAGCCUUCCCGGCUCAGCCUCUGGGGCCCAUGGGCAGGCCCUGGCCCCAUACUUUCCCCUACCUCCACAGAGUCACCUCUCCAUGAGAAGCCCCUCCCUCCUGAGCCCCCUACCACACCUGGAACCACUGUCCCUGCCCCCGCUGACCUGGGACCCUUGACCACGCCUGAGGACCUCUUGGCCUCCUACCCAUUCCCCUCAGAUGCAGCUGCAGUAUCCCCCACAGAGCCUGGCCCUGAGACUCUGCCUUCCAUGGUAGCUCUGGAUCAGCCCCCUGGCACUGCUCCAGCCACCCUUUUCCCAGGGGCCACUGGCUCCAUGAAGCCAGUUCUGGAUUGGCUCACCAAAGGAGGCGGCGAGCUGCUCGAGGCGGAGGAGUGGAUGGGGGGUGACACGCCCGCCUUCUCCACUUCCACACUCCUCUCAGGUGAUGGCGACUCAGCAGAGCACGAGGGCCCUUCUGCUCCCCUCAUCCUCCUGUCCAGCCUCGACUACCAGUACGACACCCCCGGGCUCUGGGAGCUGGGAGAGGUGAAUCAGAGGGUGAGCUCCUGCCCCUGUGUGGAGAACGUCCAAGGCUCCUUGCUGAUACCGGUCCACGUGAAGCGGGAAGUCCAGCUUCGAGGCAGGAACCUGUGGCUCUUCCAGGACGGCCCAAGGAGCAGUGAGUGUGUGCUGGUGCUGGAGGGCCUCGAGGUGGCAGUGGAGGCUCAGGUGGAGUGUGAGCCACCUCCAGACACAUGGUGCCACAUCAAGUGCCAGCAGCACCAGUUCAGCUAUGAAGCUUCAAAGCCAGAACUCCAAGUGGGACUGUUCCUGCGCUGGGCGGGUGGUCUGCGUGUGGACAGUGCCGAUGGGCUACAUGUGGUAUUGUAUGACUGCUCUGUGGGACAUGGGGACUGCAGCCGCUGCCAAACGGCCAUGCCUCAGUACGACUGUGUGUGGUGCGAGGGGGAGCACCCGCGCUGUGUAGCCCGAGAAGCCUGUAAUGAAGCCGAGACCGUGGCUACCCAGUGCCCUGCACCUCUAAUUCACUCGGUGGAGCCGCUGACUGGACCUAUAGACGGAGGCACCCGUGUCACCAUCAGGGGCUCCAACCUGGGCCAGCAUGUCCAGGACGUCCUGGGCAUGGUCAGAGUAGCAGGAGUGCCCUGUGCGGUCGAUGUUGGCGAGUACGACGUCUCCAGUAGUCUUGUGUGCAUCACUGGAAGCAGCGGGGAGGAGGUGACAGGCGCAGUGGCAGUGGAGGUACCUGGAAGAGGACACGGUGUCUCAGAGUUCAGCUUUGCCUAUCAGGACCCAAAAGUACUUUCCAUCUUCCCAGUCCAUGGCCCUAGAGCAGGAGGUACCCACCUCACCCUGCAUGGUUCUAAGCUCCUGACUGGACGGCUAGAGGACAUCCGUGUCGUGGUUGGAGACCAGCCUUGCCACUUGCUCCUGGAGCAGCAGUCUGAGCAGCUACACUGUGAGACCAGCCCAAACCCUGUGCCUGCCGAACUCCCAGUGAUGGUCUGGUUCGGAGCCACUGAACGGAGGCUUCAGCACAGCCAAUUCAAGUACACAGCAGACCCCAACAUCACCUCUGUGGGCCCCGCCAAGAGCUUCUUCAGUGGAGGACGAGAGAUAUGGGUCCGAGGCCAGAAUCUGGAUGUAGUACAGAUGCCAAGAAUCCGAGUGACUGUGAUCCCAAGAGUACCACAGCAUGGCCAGGGGCUUGGGCAGAAGCACCACGUGGUCCCUGAGAAAAUCGAAGAGCCAUGUCUCGUGAACUCCUCCCACCUCAUCAUGUGCCGCUCGCCUGCCCUCCCUGGCCCGCCCCAGGACCCUUGGGUCCAGGUGGAGUUUAUCCUUGACAACAUGGUCUUUGACUUUGCUACACUGAGCCCCACACCCUUCUCCUAUGAGGCUGAUCCCACCCUGCGUUCCCUCAACCCCGAGGAUCCCACCACGCCAUUCCGGCACAAGCCAGGGAGUGUGUUCUCUGUGGAGGGGGAGAAUCUGGACCUUGCCAUGUCUAAGGAAGAGGUGGUGGCCAUGAUCGGAGAUGGCCCCUGCGUGGUGAAGACACUGACCCGGCACCACCUGUACUGCGAGCCCCCUGUGGAGCAGCCCCUGCCACAUCACCAUGCCCUCCGUGAGGCCCCCGACGCUCUGCCGGAGUUCACGGUACAGAUGGGGAACCUGCGCUUCUCCCUGGGUCAUGUGCAGUACGAUGGCGAGAGCCCUGUGGCUUUUCCUGUGGCAGCCCAAGUGGGCUUGGGAGUGGGCGUGUCUCUCCUGGCUCUGGGGGUCAUCGUCAUUGUCCUCAUCUACAGGAGGAAGAGCAAGCAGGCCCUGAGGGACUAUAAAAAGGUGCAGAUCCAGCUGGAGAAUCUGGAGAGCAGUGUGCGGGACCGCUGUAAGAAGGAGUUUACAGACCUCAUGACGGAGAUGACUGAUCUCACCAGUGACCUCCUUGGCAGCGGCAUCCCCUUCCUUGACUACAAAGUGUAUGCUGAGAGGGUCUUCUUCCCUGGGCACCAGGAGUCACCCUUGCACAGGGACCUCGGUGUGCCUGACAGCAGGCGACCCACUGUGGAACAGGGGCUGGGGCAGCUCUCCAACCUGCUAAACAGCAAGCUCUUCCUUACCAAGUUCAUCCACACACUGGAGAGUCAGCGUACCUUCUCUGCUCGAGACCGUGCCUACGUGGCAUCUCUGCUCACUGUUGCCCUUCACGGGAAGCUUGAGUACUUCACGGACAUCCUCCGUACUCUGCUCAGUGACCUGGUAGCCCAGUGUGUAGCCAAGAACCCCAAGCUGAUGCUGCGCAGGACAGAGACUGUGGUGGAAAAGCUGCUCACCAACUGGAUGUCCAUCUGCCUCUACACCUUCGUGAGGGACUCUGUAGGAGAGCCCCUGUACAUGCUCUUCAGAGGGAUUAAACAUCAAGUGGACAAGGGUCCUGUGGACAGUGUGACUGGCAAAGCCAAAUACACUCUGAAUGACAACCGCCUGCUCAGAGAGGACGUGGAGUACCGUCCCCUGACCUUGAAUGCUCUCCUGGCUGUGGGGCCCGGAGCAGGAGAAGCCCAGAGUGUGCCAGUGAAAGUCCUGGACUGCGACACCAUCUCCCAGGCCAAGGAGAAGAUGCUAGACCAGCUUUAUAAGGGGGUGCCUCUCGCCCAGCGCCCCGACUCUCGCACCUUGGAUGUUGAAUGGCGGUCUGGAGUGGCUGGGCACCUUAUCCUUUCUGACGAGGAUGUCACUUCUGAACUUGAGGGUCUGUGGAGGCGUCUGAACACACUGCAGCAUUACAAGGUCCCAGAUGGAGCAACGGUGGCCCUUGUCCCCUGCCUCACCAAGCAUAUUCUUAGGGAAAACCAGGAUUAUGUCCCUGGAGAACGGACUCCGAUGCUGGAGGAUGUAGAUGAAGGGGGCAUCCGGCCCUGGCACCUGGUAAAGCCGAGUGAUGAACCAGAGCCUCCCAGGCCGAGGAGGGGCAGCCUUCGGGGUGGGGAGCGAGAGCGAGCCAAGGCUAUCCCUGAGAUCUACCUGACACGCCUGCUAUCCAUGAAGGGCACACUGCAGAAGUUUGUGGAUGACCUGUUCCAGGUGAUCCUCAGCACAAGCCGCCCCGUGCCUCUGGCUGUGAAGUACUUCUUUGACCUGCUGGAUGAACAAGCCCAGCAGCAUGGCAUCUCUGAUCAGGACACCAUCCACAUCUGGAAGACCAACAGCCUGCCUCUGAGGUUCUGGAUCAACAUCAUCAAGAACCCACAGUUUGUGUUCGAUGUGCAGACUUCGGAUAACAUGGACGCGGUGCUGCUGGUCAUCGCACAGACCUUCAUGGAUGCCUGCACCCUGGCCGACCACAAGCUGGGCCGGGAUUCUCCCAUCAACAAGCUUCUGUAUGCUCGAGAUAUUCCCCGUUACAAACAGAUGGUGGAAAGGUACUAUGCAGACAUCCGACAGACUGUCCCAGCCAGUGACCAAGAGAUGAACUCAGUCUUGGCAGAGCUGUCCCGGAACUGCUCUGCCGACCUUGGUGCUCGAGUAGCUCUGCAUGAACUCUACAAGUAUAUCAACAAGUACUAUGACCAGAUCAUCACUGCCCUGGAGGAGGAUGGCACUGCCCAGAAGAUGCAGCUGGGAUACCGGCUCCAGCAGAUCGCGGCUGCUGUGGAAAACAAGGUCACGGAUCUAUAGGGACCAGGGAGCCUUGGCCUGCUAUUGUCUCAGCUCCUCCUGGGCAGCCCUGGAAUCUCAAGGGAGAGGCCACCUUCGUAGAUGCCUGUAGUGACUGACAAGCAGAGGUUAAUGAAAGGUGGCUCCCAGUCUCCUGUGGUACCAGCUCACAGCCUCAGCCCCUUUGGACCUGCCUUAUAGGCCUGGGACCUAGUGGUUCAGUGGGUAGUGCCAGGCCUGCCCGAAGCCUGGUGACUCUCUGACCACUUCCUGGGUGACGCCAGCCUGCAGGAAGCUGGGGACUUAAGGUUUCCAGAGAAUGUCUAGUAGGCCCUCCAGGCCCCUGGGGAGACUGUACUGUUCUUGAGCACUGACCUAUGUCCCAUUGGGAAUCACAGAGGAAGGAAGAGAACCCGCCCACUUCCUGUCCUCUUCAUCCAUCCUCCUUGACCUUGAGUUUAGCUUCCUCUGUCCUUGUUCGCUGUUGCCAAUUCCAAGGCCUAAGAGAGAGAAAAAUGCCUUUCUAGGCUGCUGCUGCCUCAGCAGGAUUGGCGCCUCAGGACCACACUGUCUUCCAGGUGGCCUAUGGGGAGGGACAACUGCUUCAGGGGAGCCUUGGGGAGAGCAGUGGUCCAGUGAUGGCACAGCUCUUCAUUAAAGGAUAGCACAUGGUGCGGACUUACCAGCCCCUCUGCUAAGAUAUAACUAGCAGCUGUUGGGGGACAUGGGCCUCACGCUCUAAAGGGUCUCCUGACCCCCAUGAAAGGCCACAGUGAGAGCUUACAAGCUCUCUCCGGCUCCUAGGAAGGGCCUGCCAGAGGCAACACUUCCCAGAAAGGAGAACUUGAAGCACAAUAUGGCUCAGGGAGAGUUGGGGCCUGAUGUGGGGUUCUGUCCUCCAUUUUUAAGAGGUCCACCUUGCUUGUAGGUUGUGGUAACUUCUCCAUUCAUGUUCCAUGAAUUUUGAAAGGAAUUGAGGAAGCAUGGUGUUAUUAAAGGUGACUCCAGGCAGCAUGGCUUUCACGGGUCCAUGACUCACCCUGUUUCUGGAUUCCAGUUUCCAUAUUGCUGUCCACGUUGAGGAACCUAUGCCAGGGGCUCAGAGCCAUUCCACCUGCCUGUGUAGUGGUCACCUUGUGGUAUUUUCCUAUCUGAAGCUGUAGAUGAGCUUCAAGAACGUGGUUCCGUAGUGCCCUUGGCUGCUGGGUGAGAAGAGCUGGAGGUUGAGAAUGCUGUUGGCUUCCCCAGGCAAGGGUCAGGUAUCCUCAGAGAGCUCCCCCUUGGCUCGUGUGUAUAGCCAGUACCCUGGCUUCCCUGAGGGUUUGAAGAGAUAGGCUGAUACACUUCCAAGAGUCCUUUCUUGCUGUCUUUUAGAAUCUUUGUCUUCAAGAUAGCAGGAGCCAAGAUGUUGGUUUUCAUGCCAGGGGUAAUCACAGCUGCUAUUUCUGUCAGAUCCUGUCUUGCCCAUGCCUGCCAGAUGUGGGGAACCACAAUCACAGACGGUCAGCAGUGAGGCCCUCAUUUGGGAGCAUGUGAACUUUAGUACUAAUGAUAGUUGUCCUAGUUCAGAUUUUACCCUCACUCAGAAUGUUUUUGGCUCUCCCAGUGGCUGCUCUGACCAACUAUGGUGUUGACAGUCUUAGAGAACAGGGCUGACAGGGGGAAUGUGGUCUUGGCUAGACUUCAGACAGGUACAGGGAGGGAGGCACCUUAAGUCAACAUGGCAGGGAUGGUGACAGACACACCUCUGCUCUAGGCUUGGGCUUCUGCAGUCUUUAGGAGUCCUGUGAGGAGGUGAGGCUUUCUGCGUGCUUGGGCGUGUGCUCAUGGGAUGGGCGAGUAGAGAACGCUCUGAGUCACUCAUGUCUCACCUCACAGAACAUUGUGAUAGAAGAUGUCAUGAAAAUAAAAACGUUACCAUGUAA